UAUUAAAAUCUGGCGGCACUUACUGGUUAUUGGUAAAGUGUGGUUCUUAUUGGUCGGUUAAUAAGAUUUUUCGCAUGGUCGUUUGGAAAUAAUUAUUACUUUCAAUUCAGUAUAUUAUCAAAAGACAAGAUGGCCAAUCAGUGGGGACAAAAAGUAGAGGACUUGGAGAUUUCAAAUAAAGUAGCUGGAUUGGGUCUGAAUAAAAAACCUCUGGAUCAGACUGCAGAUUCGGAUGACUCUCCCGACACAGCUAACCCAGCAGACACAUCUCUGUUGAUGAAAAUAAUAAGGCAAGGUCUAGUUGAGUCUAAAUUAGAUAUUGAAAUUCAAAGAAAAGAUCCUAAUUCUCCUUUAUAUUCUGUCAAAACCUUUGAAGCUUUACACUUAAAACCCAACUUACUAAAAGGAGUAUAUGCAAUGGGUUUUAAUGCUCCCUCAAAGAUCCAGGAAACUGCCUUGCCUACCCUUUUAGCUGAUCCUCCACAAAACAUGAUUGCUCAAUCUCAGUCAGGUACUGGUAAAACGGCAGCUUUUGUGCUGGCCAUGUUAAGCAGAGUGGAUCCUACUAAGAAUUAUCCGCAAGUGUUGUGUUUAAGUCCUACUUACGAACUAGCCAUACAAACUGGAGAAGUGGCUGCCAAAAUGGCUAAGUUCUGUCCUGAGAUUAAACUGAAGUAUGCUGUAAGAGGUGAGGAGGUGCCUCGAGGCACUAAGAUAACUGAUCAUAUUAUUAUUGGGACACCUGGGAAAAUGCUUGAUUGGGGUGUGAAGUUUGGCAUGUUUGAUAUGUCUAAAGUUCGUGUAUUUGUACUGGACGAAGCUGAUGUUAUGAUUGAUAGACAGGGUCACCAAGAUCAAUGUAUUCGCAUUCACAAAUGUUUGCCCUCAACAUGCCAGAUGAUGUUCUUUUCGGCAACAUAUGGGUCUGCUGUCAUGGAGUUUGCUGAAAUGAUUGUUCCCAAUGCUAUUAUAAUAAGACUGUUACGUGAAGAGGAGUCCUUGGAUAAUAUUAAGCAGUACUAUGUCAAAUGCAAAAAUGCAGAUGAAAAGUAUAGAGCCAUUUGCAAUAUAUAUGGUGUCAUAACAAUUGGUCAGGCUAUUAUAUUUUGCCACACAAGAAAAACUGCAAGCUGGCUAUCAGUCAAAAUGUCUGAAGAUGGACAUUCUGUAGCCGUACUAUCUGGUGAAUUAACUGUUGAACAAAGAAUAGCUGUGCUGGACCGUUUCAGGGCUGGUUUGGAAAAAGUAUUGAUCACCACAAAUGUAUUGUCUCGAGGAAUUGAUGUUGAACAAGUGACACUGGUUGUAAACUUUGAUAUGCCUAUGGACAUGGACAAGAAAGCUGACUGUGAAACAUAUUUGCAUAGAAUAGGUCGCACAGGACGUUUUGGUAAAGCUGGUAUUGCCAUUAAUUUAAUUGAUUCUGCACAAGCAAUGAAUAUUUGUAAGGAAAUAGAAGGUCAUUUUGGUAAAAAGAUACAGUUGUUGGACAUUGAAGAUGCUGAAGAAAUUGAGAAAAUUGGUGCAUAAGGUUUUGUUAUCUACAUGUUAAAUUUUGCUUCAUACUAAGUUUAAGUCUUACAUUGUUACAGUAACAAGA